GCAUUGGAGCCACAUGUGGUAGAGUCCACAAGACUGUGCUCGCAUUUGUACGCAUUUGUCAUACAUUUAAACCCAGAGACAAACAAUACAAUUACGCAAUGAAUGCAUACAAGGGAUCAGGUUUUGGGUAAUGAAUGCCUCAAUGCUUAUGAAUGCGAAGUGAAUAUCUUCACAAACAAUGACUUUAAUCACCAAUUAUUGGCCAAUCACUGCAACCAAAUCAACCCAAUUAUGUACCACUUAUUGAUUUUAGCGCUAACUCUUCAUGUGCUGCCACUGAUCAUCACCGCCAAUGAGCCAGUGGCCAUCCGAGAGCCAUCUCUAUUGAUAUCGACUCUGGACGGCACUCUUCACGCCAUCGGCCAGCGAUCGGGUCUUAUAAAGUGGUCUCUGAAUGAGUCGCCGAUUCUGAAGUUACCAAACAUUGAGAACAUGACUCGUCAGCACAGGAGGAGAAACCUAUUCCUUCCCGACCCUAAAGACGGCUCACUAUAUCUCUACAAUGGCUUCAGUGCGGCGGACACGGAGUCGGACAACAGGGAGUCCUUAGAGAAGCUUCCCUUCACUAUCAGUGAAUUGGUGUCUUCGAGUCCUUGUCGUAGUUCUGAUGGCAUUCUAUACACCGGCAAAAAGAUCGACGAAUGGAUUACAAUCAACGCCGUGACCGGCGAGAGAGUGGAUGUGCUGAACGCAGACACACCGAUGUGUCCGUCACCGCCGAUGACCACCACUGCCUACGACACGCAGACGUCUAACCUGUUAUUUGUGGGCAAAAGUGAAUACCAGUUAUCCAUAUUUGACUUGAAGACCAAACAGAAGACCUGGAACUUGACUUUCGUGGACUACUCGUCGUCGGCCGUGUCAUCCAUACCACAGAACGCCUACGAAUUCCUUCACUUGACUUCGAGCACAACUGGAAGAAUCGCGACAAUCGAUCUCUCGGACGGCGCCAACAGAUUCUUGUGGACGCAUCAGUUCUCGUCGCCAAUUGUGUCCAUAUUUCAGUUCAACGACGGCUUCACUCCAGUGCUCCGUCGAGUGCCCUUCUCUACGAUCGGCGGGACUGUAAACCCGCGAAACUUACGGCAAAGCAAUCCAUUAUAUCCGUCGCUAUAUAUCGGCGAAAUGCCGGACUCGAAGUCGAUGUACGCGUUGAGUACUUUAGUGGACUUAACGCAAACAACUCUCAUCCCAACCAAACGCAACCGAAAACUGCUGAUCGAUGGCCCGGAUAAGCAAAAGUCGGUCAACUCUAUUCGCGACUAUUUCAAUAUAUUGGUUUACGGCUAUUACGAGUACCCGGAGCUCACAAAGAGCCAAAUCUACCCUCAGUUCCAAAUCAGUCAAACGCCUCUUAACCUGUUGACUGAACAGAAAUCGCAACCAUUCAGAGAGCCGUUAAUCAUAUCUAAUUCAUCGAUACACAGCCGUAAUGUUGACGUGAACUAUGAUUAUGCGGAUCUCUUGCGCACAACCAUCACAUUCCUGUCGGGCGUCACAACCAUUGCUUUAAUAAUAUACUGGAAAUCGCGAAAUUCCAAACAAAAUAAAUACCAAAACACAAACAGUGACACCAAUUGGAUGAGUGUCGGGAAGAUUAGGUUUGAGCCCAAAUCAAUCAUAGGAAGGGGCAGUUCGGGGACCUGUGUUUAUAAGGGUUUGUUCGAAAACAAGCAACAGAUAGCUGUGAAGCGAGUAGUGGCCGAUCACUUCAUUUUGGCGAACCGGGAGAUAGAACUGCUUCGUUCGCUAACUCAUCCCAAUCUGAUUCGCUAUUUUGCCACCGAAUCCGAUGAGAUGUUUCGCUAUAUUGCCAUAGAAUUAGCCGACUUUACUCUCGCAGACUAUAUCGAGAGGGAGGGCGACGCACAGGUAGACACCAUACAAGUGCUGCAGCAGUCAUGCCUUGGAUUAGCACACCUUCACUCAUUGAAUGUCAUUCAUCGUGAUAUUAAACCGCAAAAUAUCUUAAUAUCAUUGCCAUUACCUCCUAAUAACACCAGAAAAGUGAUGAUCUCUGACUUUGGUGUCUCUAAAGUAUUAACUUCGGACCAGUUAUCCACUGAAGUGUCGGCGGCGCUGAAGGGCACUGAGGGUUGGAUAGCACCGGAAGUAUUAAAAUCAAAGUUAGAUAGACUCACAUUCAAGCCAUCAAAGCCUAUCGACAUCUUUUCGAUGGGAUGUCUAUGUUAUUACACACUAACCAAAGGCGAGCACCCAUUCGGAGACCUAUUGCAGAGACAGUCGAAUAUACUGAUCGGUCAGUUCGACAUCAAUAAACUUAAAACUGAAGACUCGUUCAGAGAAUUCAGUCUCAUCUACGCUAUGAUUAACUCCGACCCCAGCGCUCGACCAAACAUUGAGUCCGUAGUGAAACACCCGUUGUUUUGGGACCCAAACAAAUCGCUGCAGUUCUUGCAGGACGUGUCCGACCGCAUAGAGAAAGAGGCCUUCGAUUCGCCGGUCGUGCAGUCGUUAGAGAGCGGAGGGAUCGAUGUGUGCAAAGGGGACUGGAGGCGACACAUAUCCAUUGAGUUGCAGACCGACCUCAAGAAGUUCCGCUCCUACAGGGGCUCAUCCGUACGUGACUUAUUGCGAGCGAUGCGCAACAAACGCCAUCACUAUAGGGAACUGCCGCCAGAAUUACAGCAAUCUCUCGGCGCGAUUCCCAAACAAUUUGUUGAGUACUUCACCACUAGAUUUCCGCGUCUUUUGAUUCAUUCUUACAUCGCGUUACAAAUGUCUCGAAACGAAGAUAUCUUUGAAUCCUAUUAUCAACCGGAUUCUGUUUAUUACGAAUCACUUCCCAGGAGUGGCAUUAAGUGGUACAUGAAAAACACGCAAAAUUUUAUGCCCAAUGGUAUGGCCAGUGAUGACUCACUUGAAGCCAUCAAUUGGAAGAGUUGUAAGAGGAAGGGUUCACCCGUUAAGGUCAGGAAACCAUUGCUCGACACACUCGAGACAUUUGAUGACAAUAACCUCAAUACUUUUGUACAAAAU